GCGCCGUAGAGUAAACCCGCCAAGCGGGGAUGAGGUUUGCCGGAACCCAUGCCUCCGUCUUCUGCUUCCGGGUCGGAGCCAUGGCGGUGGCAAAUUCAAGCCCUGUCAAUCCCGUGGUGUUCUUUGAUGUUAGCAUUGGCGGCCAGGAGGUUGGCCGCAUGAAGAUCGAGCUCUUUGCGGACGUUGUGCCUAAGACGGCCGAGAAUUUUAGGCAGUUCUGCACCGGAGAAUUCAGAAAAGAUGGGGUUCCGAUAGGAUACAAAGGGAGCACCUUCCACAGGGUCAUAAAGGAUUUCAUGAUUCAGGGUGGGGAUUUUGUUAAUGGAGAUGGUACUGGAGUUGCCAGUAUUUACCGGGGGCCAUUUGCAGAUGAAAAUUUUAAACUGAGACACUCAGCUCCAGGCCUGCUUUCCAUGGCAAACAGUGGUCCCAGUACAAAUGGCUGCCAGUUCUUCAUCACCUGCUCUAAAUGUGAUUGGCUGGAUGGGAAGCACGUAGUGUUUGGAAAAAUCAUUGAUGGACUUCUAGUGAUGCGAAAGAUUGAGAAUGUUCCCACAGGCCCCAACAAUAAGCCCAAGCUGCCUGUGGUGAUCUCACAGUGUGGGGAGAUGUAGUCCAGAGCAAGACUGAUCAGUUACGCACUGAGGUAAUAAGAUGGGUCCCCUGCCACAUAGGAGGCUGCAAGUUUGAAAAGCCCAGUUCCUGCCUUCAGGGAACUCACAGUCUCUGGGGGAAACUGCCCAUGACAGCACAAUAAAGCACUGGACUGGAGGUUCAGAACGGAGUAAGGAAAGCUGGAACGCCUGUGCCUGCCUGGAGCAGUGUGGGGAGACUACAGAAGAGACGAUGCUGUGGCCGAGUACGUGAAAGAAGAGAACUUCUCAGGUGGCUAAGAACGGGAGGGCAUUCCAGGCAGAGGGAACAGCAUGAGCAAAAGCACAAAAGCAGGAAACAGCUGCAAGUGUAAGGGAAACUGCACAUCAUGCCAUAUGGCCAAAGCAGGAAGGUAUGAAAAGCAAAGGGUAAGAUGGUAAGGCUGGAGGAGGCCAGGGCCAGUUGUGAGAACCAGUGCAGGCUGAGAUGCUCGUAUGUUAUCCUGAGAGUGGGCUUUGGGCACUAGGCACAUUUUGUCCCCCCUGGGGUGAGAGUCCAUCGUACUCCAGAGAUUGUCAGAAGGGAGCCUAGCCUGGCCCUCUGAAAAGAGCCAGGCCAACAGGAGCCACUGGAGGAUUUUGAGCAGAAGAACCCUGUGAUUGAAUUUUCUUAUUCCGGAGAUGAUUCUGGCAGCAAUGUGGAGGAGAAGCUGAGGCCAGUGAGGUGUUCAGUGCAGCAGUCCAGGCAAGAGAAAAGGUUCCACAUGAAAACACAGGUCUAGGGAGCACCAGAGAUUUGGCAGCAAAUAUUUGCAUGCCUGCUGGGUGUGUGACACUGUUGUUCCCUGCCCUGAAAGGCAGAAGC